GUCUGAAGCCACACACUAAAAACACAGGCGCUGUAUGCUCAUCCCCAGGACAACAAAAUACCCAGACUGAAAAAAACACUAAUUGCUGCAGUGCACCAUGGCUCAGGACGGGGUGAUACUGCAGUUCAACUUUCCCACAUUUGGGGACUCCAUGCUUCAAAAGAUGGACGCUCUUCGGCGAGACAGACGUUUCUGUGAUGUUGUGGUCCGCAUCAAUGACUUGGAAGUGCCCGGACACAAAGUGGUCUUUGCCGCUGGCUCCCCUUUCCUUAGAGACCAGUUUGUGCUUCAGGACUCUCAUGAAGUACAAAUAUCUACACAGCAGGAUGCAGAAGUUGGACAGAGGCUUCUUCUGUCCUGCUACACUGGGACACUGGAGUUCCCCGAGCUGGAAUUAGUACACUAUUUAACAGUUGCGAGUUUCCUGCAGAUGGGUCAUAUUGUAGAGCAGUGCACCGAAGCGCUAAACAAAUUCAUUAAACCACACGAGGUCAAAGACGAGCGUGCAUCAUCUCGACAGCCGUCGGACUUCAGCUCACAGCGUGGCCAACCAGCUGUGGAGACAAUAUGUGAUGAAGAGGAUGAGGUGGACAAUGAUGGAGAUGACUUUGAUGAUGACGAUGACGAUGAUGAUGACGUGAUCAUCCAGCCCAAGUCUCCGCCUGUGUUUAGAAACUCUCAGAGCAACAGCAGAGGAGAAGAAAGUCCCAUUAGCAUCGUUAAAGUGGAGUCAAUAGAUGAGCGGAUGCCUGAUAAUUUCCAGAGUCGCUCAAGUCGUUCGCCAACACUUCGCUCACCCGAGCCACAACACUCCUUGAUAAACUCCACAGUGGAAACCCGGCCUGCCGAAAUCGCCACCAACCCCACAGCUGAAUAUUCCAUGUCCCCACCUGGACCCAGUGGCUCCGGAAAAGGGAAUCUUUGGGGAUGCUCAAGGAAUGCCGAUAAGGGUAUGCAAUGGUACCACCAGUGUCCGAAAUGUGCUCGCGUCUUCCGUCAGCUGGAGAACUACGCCAACCAUCUGAAGAUGCACAAGCUGUUUAUGUGCCUCCUGUGUGGAAAAACUUUUACCCAGAAAGGAAACCUGCACCGGCACAUGCGCGUCCACGCCGGCAUCAAACCCUUCCAGUGUAAGAUAUGUGGAAAGACGUUUACUCAGAAGUGCUCGCUGCUAGACCACCUGAACCUUCACAGUGGGGACAAACCACACCGUUGUAAUUACUGUGACAUGGUGUUUGCACAUAAACCAGUUCUCCGUAAACACCUGAAGCAGAUCCAUGGAAAAAACAGUUUUGAUAAUGCCAACGAAGGCAGUUUGCUUGAAGGACUUUAAAUUUUUAUUUAAACAAUUAGUUCACUCCUGAAUUUAAAUUUCCUGACAAUUUACUUACCCCCCAUGUCAUCCAAGAUGGACAUGAUUUUCUUUCUUUAGUCAUAAAGGAAAUUAAGGUUU